GUGCAUUGGACCAAAACAUUCUCUUUCCUUUUCCACCCAAAAAGAAGAAAAAGGGUAAAAAGAAGGGGAUAAGAAGGAGGCCUUUUUCUCUUUUACUCUUUGCUUUUCCCAAUGAUAAUGAUGAUGUUGAAUGUAUGUGUGUGUGUGUUGUAUAUAGGUCACAGUUGUCAUCGUCGGGGAGGGGGUGGGGAACACAGUGAAGAAAGAGUGCGGGAUUGGGGGCUGGAAAAAGGGGUCGCUGAGAGAAAUGUGGUAUAUGUGGAUGAUGUGUGGAUACGAGAAUGUGCGUUGUGAUGUACCCGAUAACCGUAAAGAUCGACAUGCGUAUUCCUUACCUUCUUUCUUCCUCUCUUCUCUUCUUCUAACUUUUUUUCUUUUAAAUAUACGACUCGUCGCUUACACCAACGUUAUUACUAAUUUCAUACUGCUACUACUACUACUACUACUACUACUACUACUUCAUAACUACAACCACCACUAUACCCAUACAACACACUACCACUCAUACCACUGCAACCACCACCGCUACUAGAGAACAAAGCAGAGAAAAAGUAAUAAAAGCAAUAUGGGCUGCUGUCAAUCAAACGAAGUACACGAUGGCAAGGCACGAAACGAAGAGAUUGAGAAUCAGCUCAAGCGAGACAAGCUCAACAUGCGCAAUGAAGUCAAAAUGCUGUUGCUAGGUAAUAUAGUUAUUCGAUUGCUUGGUUACAGUUUUACUACGUUCGGAUUGCUAUGGUUACAUUUUUUUUGACACUUUGAAAUUGUAAAAAGGUG